AGUCUCUCUGCUAGUCUUUCUGGUCGUCUCUCUGGUCUGUCUCUCUGGUCUGUCUCUCUGCAAGUCUCUCUGCCAGUCUCUCUCGUCUGUCUCUCUGGUCUGUCUCUUACUGUCUCUCUCUGUCUCUCUCAGUCUCUGUGUCUCUCAGGAUGGACCAGUGUCUUUAUGGAUUAUUGAUUAUCGUAUUUCUGCUGCCGAUCGACUGUUUACACUCAGUUUACUUCACUGACAACACAGAUUCUCUCCAUCAGGUCCUGUCAGAGUUCGAUGUCGUUCGUCCAAUCAGGACCAGCUCAGAGGGCCGUUUCCUGUCGCCGUCAGGCUCCGCCCACCACCUGCACCGCAGCAAGAGACACGCCCACUCCGCCGGGGACACGCCCACUGACACCAAAGAUGACCGACAGACAGACGGGCCCAGAUUACAACAGGCCCCACCCACAGCCGUGCCGCCGUCCAACCAGACGGGGCGCAGCUGGAGAGGGCAGGGCCACAGGGCGGAGGAGGAGGCGGAGCUUUUCUACAACGUGACGGUGUUCGGUCAGGAGCUGCACCUGCGGCUGCGUCCCAACACUCGUCUGGUCGCCCCCUCCGCCAUCAUGGAGUGGUGGGAGGAGUCAGGACGCAGACACUCUCAGCCAAUAGGAGACGCCGGCUGCUUCUACACGGGAGAGGUGUCCAACAUGGAGGACACGUCUGUUGCCGUCAGCACCUGUGACGGGCUGGCCGGGAUGAUCCGGACGGGUCAGGAGGAGUUUUUCAUCGAGCCGUUGGAUCGACGGAGGACAGGAAGAGAAGAAGAAGAGGAGGAAGAGGAGGAAGAGGAGGAAGAGGAGGAAGGAGGAAGACAACACAUUGUUUAUCGCUCCUCAGCCGUCAUUAAGAGACAAGCAGCUGUCAAUCAAACAGCUGAUGACAUCCUCAGAGGUCCUCUUUUAGGUUCUCUGAACUUGAUCCAGAAUGUGUUGUGGUCCGGAUCCAGAUCGGCUCGACGACGGCGCUACAUUGAAGAGGCUGAACUGUUUAACAUUGAGGUUCUGUUAGCUGUGGAUUAUUCAGUUCUUCUCUUCCACGGCCGAGACCACAUUCAGAAAUAUCUUCUGACACUCAUGAACAUAGUCAAUGAGAUCUAUCAGGAUCAUUCUCUGGGCGCCAACAUCAAUGUUGUUCUGGUCCGAAUCAUCAUGUUGUCUCCAUCAAAGUCCCAGGACCUGAUCUCUGUGGGGAAUCCCCAGAAGAGUUUGGAGAAUGUUUGUGGAUGGUCGUAUCUCCAGUACCAGGAGCAGAGCCACGCCGAGCAGCACGACCACACCAUCUACCUGACCAGGCAGGAGUUUGGCCCCUCCGGCAUGCAGGGUUAUGCUCCAGUUACAGGAAUGUGUCACUUACAUCGGAGCUGCGUCCUCGUCCUUGAAGACGGGUUUUCCUCGGCCUUCGUAGCUGCCCAUGAAACAGGACACGUGUUAGGGAUGGAGCACGACGGCGAGGCAAACGACUGUGUCGAUGACGUGCCGGUGGGCAGCAUCAUGUCUCCGCGGGUUCAGGCCACCUUCCAUCGGUACCACUGGUCCCGCUGCAGCUGGAAGGAGUUACACACUUACCUGGAUACCUAUGACUGUCUCCGUGACGACCCGUUCAACCACGAUUGGCCGGCUCAGCCUCAGCUGCCGGGGUUUCAUUACUCCAUGGACCAACAGUGUCGCUUCGACUUCGGACCAGGAUACAGCCUCUGUACCGCAUACACCAACAUCGAGCCCUGCAAACAGCUGUGGUGCAGCGACUACAUCAACCCGUUCUACUGUAAGACCAAGAAAGGUCCGCCGCUGGACGGGACCAAGUGUGGACCGGGGAAGCACUGUUUCAAGGGUUUCUGCAUGAAGUUGACCCCCGACAUGCUGAGACAAGAUGGCGGCUGGGGGUCGUGGAGUCCGUUUGGCGGCUGCUCCAGGACCUGCGGGGGCGGGGUCAGGUUCCGGGCCCGGCGCUGCGACAGCCCAGCUCCAGCCAACGGGGGGAGGACCUGCUUCGGGUACAGCUACGAGUUCCAGCUGUGCAGCCAAGAAGACUGCCCCCCCCUGACUGACUUCAGAGAGGAUCAGUGUAAAGUCUGGAAUCCUUUCAUGGAGCACGAAGGACGUAAACACCACUGGCUGCCGUACCAACACCCCGACCCUGACGAGCGCUGUCGUCUGUACUGUCGGUCCAAGGAGACGGCCGCGGUGGUUUCCAUCAACAGAAUGGUGCAUGAUGGGACGCCCUGUUCCUACGGCGACGCCCACAGCGUCUGCGUGCGAGGAGAGUGUGAGCAUAUAGGCUGUGAUGGACAGAUUGCUUCAGACCAGCAGGAGGACAGAUGUGGAGUCUGUGGAGGAGACAACUCCAGCUGCAAGAUCGUCAAAGGAAACUUCACCCGCAGCACCAAGAAACCAGGUUACCUGAAGAUCCUGGAGAUCCCCAAAGGAGCCCGACACCUGCUGAUCCAGGAGUUCAAAGGGUCUCCUCACAUCCUGGCGGUGACGAACCAGGAGACGGGAAACCUCUUCCUCAACGCUGACGACGAGCUCCCAGAGUCCAGAGUGGUGAUCGAGAAGGGCGUGGCGUGGGAGUACAGCAACAGCGAGCAGCUGGAGUCCAUCCAGACCACGGGGCCUCUGACAUACGGAGUGCUGCUCAUGGUCCGUUCCCAUGGUGACUCCAAGGUCACGGUGUCCUACAAGUACAUCAUCCAGGAUCAUCUCCGGUCCUCGCUGGAGUCCAACCUGGUGCAGGAGGACGCCAUCUUCUAUGAGUGGGCGCUGAAGAAGUGGUCGCAGUGCUCCAAACUCUGCGGAGGAGGGAAACAGUACACAAGGUUUGGCUGCAGGAGGAAGGCCGAUGGGAAAAUGGUUCAGAGGAUGUUCUGCUCCAACAUCAACAAACCGAGAGCCAUCAGCCGCACCUGCAGCACCGACACCUGCAGCUCGCCACGCUGGGUGACUGGGGAGUGGGAGGACUGCAGUGCCUCCUGCGGGCAGACGGGAUGGCAGCGUCGCUGGGUGAGCUGCCAGCAGACGUCCAGCAUGGGGAAGCAGCAGCAGCGCUCAGUGCACAGCAAACUCUGUGGUGGGGACCGACCGGAGGGGAAACGAACCUGCAACCGCUUACCCUGCCCCCCUGCCUGGCGAGCUGGGCCCUGGACCCGGUGUUCAGUCUCAUGUGGAAACGGGACUCAGGAGCGUCAGGUUGUGUGUUCGAGUCCAGAGGGUUCAGCCCGAAACUGCAGCGACCCUCGACCAAUCACAACCCGCACCUGCCAGCCCCCACCCUGCGGCGGCCAGAAGACCGCCAUCAUUCAGUGGUUGUCCAGGUCCAACCCAAACUUCCCAGCUCCAAAGAUCUCCUCCAGGCAGCGUUGCCGUGGUGACCGCUCAAGUUUUUGCCGGAUGGAGGCGUUGAAUCGGUACUGCUCCAUCGCCGGCUACCGUCAGAUGUGCUGCAAAUCCUGCCGCGAGGUAAACCUCAGCAACUCCAGCAACUCUGACAACUCCAGCAACUCCAGCAACUCCAGCAACUCCAGCAACUUAAGCAACUCCAGCAACUCCAGCAACUUCAGCAGCACGAUCCCGCCGACCGCCAACAGCAGUUUGUGGAGUUUAACCACAGAGACGAUGACUUCAGCAUCCACCUCCUCCUGGUCUGACAGCAGCUAUAUCACCAGUCACAUCACCAGUGACAUCAUCAGCACGCCACCUCCCAGCUUCACUGUAACUCCGCCCCCGACCAGCAGGAGCAGCACCGACUUCGUGUACGUGGAGUAUGACGAUUACGGCGAGUAUUCGUCCUACGAGAAUCCUUCUAUUCCCUCUGACACUCCUAUCAUUCCAACUACUACCACUACUCCUACUACCACUACUACUACUUCUACUACUACAAGGCGUCCAAGAAAAACUGCUCCACCACAUUUAUUCAAGAGGAAAACUACCACUCCCACAAUGUCCCCUGCUACAGUUCCUGUAGUAGGUGCAACCCCGGGGCCGGUCAGGACGUCUGCCGUCCCAGAGUUCCCCACCACCACAACAACGUCAGCUGAUCCUGAUGACAUCAUGACCGUCACAUCAUCCCCAAACAGAACAUCUGGAGGGCGGAGCCUUCAGACGUCAACUGAACCUUCAGCACCGUCGUCAUCCUCGUCCUCCUUCUUCCCGCUCUCUAAGAAGGAGAACAACUCGGUGGACGAGGUCCCGUACCGGAUCGUGGGAUUGGACGCUGAGGUCGCCAGGGGACAGCAGAACUACUUUGUGCCGCGGAUGCCGCCGAUCCGCGAGCGAACGCAAAACAAACGAAUCCAGCAGCUUCUGAAUGAGAGACGACGAAAGGAUGUUGUGAAGAGACCCAGCAGGAGCAGAGAGAGCAGGACAGACAGGAAACACUAAAAAUAAUAUUUCUCUUUUUGUUUUAUUGUUCACUCGUGAUGACCUAUGUGCAGCUUGCUCACUUCCGCUAACGCUAACGAACUCUUAACGAGGAACAGACCGCAGAGCCGACGAGACAAACGACUGAUGAUGAUUUACCAACAGGUUCUCUGGAGGUCAGUCAUGUUUUAGUCUAGACGUGAUCCUGAAAGGUCUAACUGUUUAACACCAGAACCGUUUGCUUCAUUCUUCUUCUGAUGUUCAGUUGUUGAUUUUCAUAUUCAUGAUGUUUGUACCGAAUAAUCCUGUUUCUAAAUAAAGCAAAGCCUCAUCCAGCU